UACAGGAUUCAGGCCUGUCAGUCUGCUGGCUCUGCAGAGAAAGAUGGCGCCUCGAAAAGAGAGUGUCUCUACGCUGCCCCGGCUCCAGCUGCUAGUGUUGUUGUUGCUGCCGCUGCUGCUUGUGCCCCAGCCUAUAGCAGGCCAUAGCGGCAAGUACUCGCGGGAGAAGAACGAGCCCGAGAUGGCCGCCAAGCGCGAGUCCGGGGAGGAGUUCCGCAUGGAGAAGCUGAACCAGCUAUGGGAGAAGGCCAAGCGGCUUCAUCUGUCUCCCGUGAGGCUGGCUGAGCUACAUUCUGACCUGAAGAUACAGGAAAGGGAUGAACUCAACUGGAAGAAGCUGAAGGUGGAAGGCUUAGACGAGGAUGGCGAGAAAGAAGCAAAACUGGUCCACAACCUCAAUGUCAUUCUGGCCAGGUACGGACUGGAUGGGAGAAAGAACACCCAGAUGGUGCACAGCAACGCACUCAAUGAAGACACCCAGGAUGAGCUGGGGGACCCCAGGCUGGAAAAGCUGUGGCACAAGGCAAAGACAUCAGGGAAAUUCUCCAGUGAAGAAUUGGACAAGCUGUGGCGAGAGUUUCUGCACUACAAAGAGAAGAUCCACGAGUACAAUGUGCUGCUUGACACACUGAGCAGAGCUGAAGAAGGGUAUGAGAACCUUCUCAGUCCCUCCGACAUGACUCACAUCAAGAGUGACACCCUGACCAGCAAGCACAGUGAGCUGAAGGACAGACUGCGUAGUAUCAACCAGGGCCUAGACCGUCUGAGGAAGGUCAGCCACCAGGGCUAUGGCUCCACCACUGAGUUUGAAGAACCCCGAGUGAUAGAUCUGUGGGACCUGGCUCAGUCUGCCAACUUCACCGAGAAGGAACUGGAGUCAUUCAGGGAGGAGCUCAAACACUUCGAGGCCAAAAUUGAAAAGCACAACCACUACCAGAAGCAGCUGGAGAUUUCCCAUCAGAAGCUGAAGCAUGUGGAGAGCAUCGGUGACCCCGAGCACAUCAGCCGCAACAAGGAGAAGUAUGUGCUGCUGGAGGAGAAGACCAAGGAGCUGGGCUACAAGGUGAAGAAGCAUCUGCAGGACCUGUCCAGUAGGGUCUCCAGGGCUCGGCACAAUGAGCUCUGAGGGCCAGAAGCCACCAGCAGCAGCCUAGAGAGGUUCUUGAAGACACCGGGAGCUGUCAGCAUGUCAUUGGCUUACAUAGACCCGUAGUGACUGGUGUGGCUGACCAGAGUGGUGAAAGGAUCCUUUGAAAUACCAGUCUGAUCCUGCAGAGGCUGGCAAGGACUUCUUUUCUUUCAAACAAGUAUAGCUGCCAUCACCCUGGUUGAAGGCCUUGGGUGUAGCUACCAGUGAGAUAUGACUGGCCUCCAUGCUGCAGAGAAACAGUUUACAUUGAAAUUACAUACAUCUGCCACUGGAAAUGUUAUGUACAGAGUCCUGAAAUAUAUGGCAGGGUUUUGAGCCAUCUA